GCUGAGAGAGAGAGAGAGAGAGAGAGAGAGAGAGAGAGAGAGCAGAGAGAGAGAGAGAGACGCAGACGCGCGAGGGAGCUGGAGAGAGGCAGACAGUGAGAGAGAGACCUAAGCACAGACGGAGAGAGAGAGAGAGAGAGGGGGAGAGAGAGGAUGGCUGGUAGGAUUUAGCCUCGGCAGCGUCUUUUCCCGUCCAACACAACAAGCUUAUUACCUUUCUCUCCACGCGUUUGGAAACGGAUUUACGCGCACGAACGGAGGAGUUUGGAGGACUAGUAGGAUGCUGAGUAUCUUUCCUCCUUGCCACUGUUCUCCACCCAGCUCUCCAUGACCUGAGAGCGCCACCACAGCGGGAGGAACGAAACACCAGAGAGAGAGAGAGAGGAAGAGGAGGGCAGAAGGUCAGGGAAGGAAGGAAGGAAGGAAGGAACACACUUUUUUUGUUGUUAUUGUUUGUUUUCCCUUUGUGAAAUGGCGGCGACGGAGGCCAGCGCUGCACCAGUGGUCCAGGAAGACGGGAAGACCCCCGAGAGCAAGCCGGCAGAGGCGGAGCAACCGGCUAAAAACGCCAACGCAAAUUCAGAGACUGUCAACAGCGAAGUUGUCGAUAAAGACGGCACUGCUGUCAACAGCGAGGUGGUCGAUAACAAAGAGACUGUGAAUAACGACACAGCGGCGGCAGCAGGAACCGAGGAGGAAGGAGCGGCGGCGGCAGCAAGCGGAGAGGCGGCGGCCACUCAGAGCUCAGAAAACGCUUCCUCUGCCGAGCCCAAGACCUCGUUCCUGGACUCGUUCCUCAACAAGAGCGGCCUGGGGAAGGUGAUGGGAGGAAGGAAGAAGAAGGAGCAGAGCACGGCCGCAGGAGGAGGAGAGGAGAGUGCGACUGAAGGAGGGGAGAAGGAGGGAGAGAAGGGAGAGGAGGCUGCAGCAGCUGAGGGAGGAGCAGAGGGAGGUGCAGAAGGAGAGGCAGCGAUAGAGAAAGCUCCAGAAAAUGGAGAGAAGGAGGAGGAUAAGAAAGCGGAGAAGGGCAAAGCGGCGGAGACCAAAUCCUCGGUUCGGGAUCUGAUCAGGAAACCGGUGGCGAGGAUCUUCUCCCAUCGCAGCACCGAGAAGAAGGAUGGCGCCACAGCAGAACCCCAGAAACAAGUAAAAGUUCGGUCCAGGUCCCUGGACCGGCUGGAAGACCCUGAGGCACUUAACACCACUGCAGACUCCACCAUAGAGGAGGGAGGAGCAGCAGGAGCAGAGGGAGGCGCAGAGGGAGAGCAGAAAGCCUCGUCCUCCUCAGCAGCCACCAAGCACAUGAAGCGCUGGCACUCCUUCAAGAAGCUCAUGGCUCAGAAGACACACAAGAAGAGUGGCGGAGGAGGAGAGGACGGGAAGGAGGAGGGAGCAGAGGGAGGAGAAGGAGGUGGCGGAGACUCCUCCACGCUGGACUCCAAGGAGUCUGGGCAGAAGAGGUGGAAGCUGAAACGCUCCUGGACCUUCCAGGGCCUGAAGAGGGACCCGUCCAUGGUCGGCAUCAGCGGCAAGACCAAGAGCGGCGACAAAGACUCUGCCGACAACGCCAAGCCAGAGGAGGCGGCGGCAGAAGGAGAGGAAGGAGGAGAGGAGGCUAAGGCAGAGGGAGCAGCAGAGGAGGCCAAGACAGAGGGAGGCGAGGAGAAGGAGAAGGCAGAGGGAGGCGAGGAGGAGAAGGCGGCGGGAGGCGGGACGGUGACGCAACACGCCAACGAGAUCUGGACCUCCUUCAAGAAGCGCGUCAUCCCCAAGUCCAAACGAGCCAACACGGAGUGCGCCCCCAGCGGGGAGGAGGACGCCGCUGCAGCUGCCACCUCAGGUGAGGAAGGAGCAGCAGAGGAGGCCAAAGACGGCAAGUCGGCCAAGGCCAAGCGCUCGCACUUCGGCCGCGCGGUUUCCCUGAAGAACUUCAUCCUGCGAAAGGGCAAGUCCACCAGCGUGGACAUGGGCGAGGGCGCCAAGGAGGAGGAGGAGGCCGCAGAGGGAGGAGAGGGAGGAGAGGCAGCGGAGGAAGGAGGCGCCGACGGCGAGGCUCCUGCCACAGCGGCCGAGGAGACCAAUGACAAAGAAGCGGCGGCUGAGAAGACGCCGGCGGAGGAGAGCGGAGGGGAGGCAGCAAAGGAGAAGGAGAAGGAGGCGGAGAAGACGCCGGCCGAAGCCCCGGUGACCAACGGAGAGAACGGCUGCUCCAACGGCACGGCGGAGGAGAACGCCACACACAAUCACCAGGAGGAGGAGAAGACGACGGGGAGCAGCCCCGUGAAGAAGAGCAAGGAGGCGGGGGGGGUAAAAGAGGAGGCCAACGCCAAGAUCAUCAACGCCACGGCGGCGGUGAACAGCGACAAAAAGGCGGGAAACGUGUGAGGCCACACAAAGAGGAUUAGAACUGCCCGGGAUUCGCUGAGCAAGGAGCUCUGAGCCCCGCCCCCCUCCCUCCCUUCCCCUCACCUCCUCCUCCUCCUCCUCCCUCCCCCGUCCUCCCCCUCUCUCCCUUCAUCCCUCCUCCUUCCUCCCGAACAAACGUGUUAACAGAUCAUGGUGAGAGAGAGAGAGAGAGAGAGAGAGAGACUGAGAGAAUGAGAGAGAUGCAACUCAUGUAGAUGAGAAGUGAAAAAUAAUAAUUACUCAGAAAGCAAUAAUUCAAGCCCUUCUUUUCGCCCCCCCAUCCAUCCAUCAUCCAUCAUCCAUCAUCCGUCCAUCCCCCUCCGUCACACACACACACACACACACACACACACACGACAUCCAGUGUUUUUAUUUUUCUUUCUCUUUGCUUGUCUGUGAGAUUUUAUAUUGUCUACGAGAGAAAAGAAAAACGCAGAAAUGUAAAAAAUGAAAAUCGAGACAUUCCACCCCUCCUCCUCCCCCCUCCUCCCUCAACCCCCCUCCCCCUCCCCCUCCUCCAACUCCUCAUUGAACUUAAACUCUGCUCUCUGUCUCUGCCGACUCCUGAUUGGUGGAUUUAAAGAACAAAAAAAAAGAAAAGAAAAAAAAGACUUAGUUUUAUAUCGACGGCCAUUUUGGUUUGUAGUCCCCCCCCACCC